UAUCUAUCUCGAAGGGGAAAAAACAGCCACUACCUUCUGAUCACGGCAAAAUAUUUGAUCUAGGGCUUAUUCUAUUAUUAUUAAUAAUAAUUUAUUAAGCCUAUUAUUUUGAAUUAAAUACCCAAAUUACUAAUUUGAAAUUAGUAUAAAUGUUAAACGUUUAGACUAGGAUCUACAAGAUUAUAAAACAACAACAAAUAAAAUGGGCGCAUUGUUUAGCUUUAGCAAAGACCAUGAUAGAAUAGUUAUUGCGUGUCUGGAUCCUUGGUGCAAGACUUCACAGUUGUUCAAACUAAAGCUUGGAGAGGUUGUUACAACAAUACCCCCAUUUGGUAUCAAUUUCCAGAAACUCGACUUGAAUGAAGCAUUUGACAUUUGUGGCAGAGAUAAAAUGCGUCCCCUCUCUCGUGAUUUCUACGCUAACACAGAUGGAGUUAUCUACAUGAUUGACAGCAACAACAGAGAAAGAUUAGACGAUGCUAUAGACGAGCUAAUGCAGAAAUUCUUAACUCAGCCUUAUGAUUUGAUUGACACUGUGGUCAUGGUCCUGGCCAACAAUCAAGAUCUACCCAAUGCACUUUCCUCACAGGAAAUUGAAGAUCGGCUGAAGGAAAAAUGUCCUCGUUGCAGACAGACAAUAUUUGUGUUGCCGUGUUCAGUAACCACAAAAGUUGGUGUGCAUGAAGCUUUUGAUGAAUUUGUUAAACAAAUCAAAUUAAUGAAAGCUGGGAAGGCAGAGAGGAGUUACAUUAAUGUGCACAAAUCUAUGGAGGAAGAUAAAAACUGUUCAAAGGGAAGGAAUUCAUUAAAUUCUAUCUGGCCUGGUUAUUUUAAGAGUUAUCUUUCUUACUUCAAGCAGAUUCUCUCCAAUAAGAAACAAAAAAAUAAUUCUGUAAAGAUGAGUGCUGGCAGGUCAGCAGAACCAGUGGACACUGUGACGUCAUCAAACGCAGGAGAUUCACAGCAAAUGGUCAGCACUGACAGUCAGCAGACCAAUGCUCAACACAAGUUGGACAAGUGCUGACCUACACAAGUUAUCUGGUGACCUUAAGCUCACCAGUUAUGUCCGGCUUGAACUCUAUUCUACCAGUACUUCUGAGCUAAGACCUAGACCACCCACACAAGCACAGCCAACCUACUGCAACAUUUCUUGGUGAAAUGUACAUUUGAAGCUCCUGUUCCACUCAAAUCAUUAGCAGUAUAAAAACAUCCAUAGGGUGUACAUAGAACAUGUGAAUAGAACAAAAGGGUCCAAAAGAAAUGUAAACAAUUUUUUUUUGUAUGGGAGAGUGUGGCCUAGCGGUAUACUUGCUAGACUUCUAACAUGUAAGUCUCUAGUUUGAAUCCUGGUUCGUCAAUAUCGUUACGAUCCCUAGGGAUCUUUAACCUUGUUUGGCCCCAUCGACGGGGAAGUGACCUGAUGCUCAUAAACUAAGAUGACCAGCGCUUGAAUAGCCGGCCAGGUAAUUAAAAUGAAAUGCGAAGGCAUGGUCACGGACUGGCCAGUAUAGGCCGUGAGAAUCCGGAGGUCUGGCCGACCACACCGCGGAUUGGAAUCCACGCUGUGAGCGGUGCAGAAUUGGAGUCUGAGGGACUGUGAUAGUAACAUGGCCAACAGCCCAUAAAUUACCUUGUGACGCCACGGGCUGACCGUUGAUGCUUGACCUAGGCUAGUGACAGUCCGUGGUUUCUGGCUGGAAAACCCAUGGCCGGAGAUGACCCUGGGGUAGACCCCACACCUGCCUGGGCGGUUGUUCUGACUGUAGAACACGGGGGACACCGAUAUUUUAGGGGAGACAGGCACACACACACAGACAGACAGACACUCGGAUGGUUAGGGUGAGAAUACUAGUGGGAUGUCCCUGUGAGCUGGUGGCAAGCCACGAGAUGUCUGUACUGUUGUAGACCUAGGCUAGGAUAGACCGUUAGGGACAGAGUAGAUUAGUCCCACUAAGGACUUUAGUUGUUGUAGAUAGUUGUAUAUCUUAUUGUGUUCCAUGUGGUGGCGGGUUAACGUUAGUUAGUGUAUCUUUAUUGUGGCAAUAAACAGAAAAGAUUGAUAUUGGUAUUCUUGUUUACGAUUCCCUGACUAGUUCAAAAAGAUUAGAGAAGAGGGUCGUAACAAUAGAAGUUCCUGAGUCCACACAGCUCUGAUGAGAACCAAACUCACAUUAGGGAAAAUAAAGGCAGCAGGGCAAAGUGCUGACUACACUAUCCCUUCAUACGCAGAGGUCUAUGAAACACAUGAACUCUACUUCAUCUGCUGAUGUGAUGAUAUUUUUUGUAUUUAUGUAUUCGUAUUUUUUGUAUUAUGUGUACUUUCAAUGAGGAUAUUAUGUUCCAUUUUAAUAUGAGGUUGUAUCAGUGCCAUUUACCGUAAUGUUAUUUUGAAUUUAUUAUUCUUUACUAAUGGUAAAGAAAUUAUGAUAAAUUUUAAGACAGUGUGCUGAUCGUGAUUUUUGCACAAAUAAUAAUUUUAAAAAUGUAGGCUAUUGUUUUUGUUUUUAUGCUGAGUGAUUUAAUUUGUGAUUGUUUUGUAAAUAUAUUGCUCAUAUACAUUUUUAUACAUAUAUU